GUCGAUACAUCACUGUGAGAACCUGAACCUGAUGCGAAGUAAUUGCCUGGAUACUAUAGGCAUUUGGUCUCAUUGUUGUCUCCUUUGAUGUUGCUUUCCCUCAGUCUCUUCUUUUCUCAUUGGUUACCUCGACCUUUCUCCUCUGGCUGGACAUGUGGACAACAGCGAGCCCUGUGCGCUCCUCGAUAACACGGCGACUACCAUACAUAUGCCCUGAAUGUUACUCACAGUUGCUUUGUCGACCACCAGCCUAUUCACGAUGGCGAUCAUACAAGAUCACAAACUCCGGGUUGGAAGCGCGGACAUCGAAAAACAAGAGGAGACAGUAUCAUGAUCAGACGGGUCGUAGGUCGUCAGCAGAGGCUGAACAGAGUGCUCCCGUGCCGUCUAUUCCCGUUCUCGAAUCGAUACUUGGCUCAGAAUCUACCCGUCCGCAAUCUCCAAAGUCCGUGGUUCGGGAUCACCUACGGACGUGGACGAUCCAAAACAAAAAGAAGAAGGUCGAAGGCGCAGAGGCGCAGUAUGCCCAGGGACAUAGACUGGACACCCUUCCGAAUUCUCUUUUCAUUGAAGAAACGACAUCAGACGAGGACACCCUUGAACAGGAUGUUGACCAGCUAGAUGACUCUGUCGAAGCUACGGAGGCAAUAGCACGAAUCUGGCCAGGAGAUCUCGUCUACCUACACGCAAGACACACUGGCUCUCGGGGGCAGUGGGCGAUAUACUUGGAUUCCGUACUACAAAACCAGCAUCGUCUGUUCCUCAGCGACGGCAGAUGGGUUACCACUUCUACUGUCGACUUUAAGUGCGCCCCUGUUUAUAAGAACUUCGCUUCGGAGGAAGAAUUGCGACCUAUCAAGAAACAUUUGCCAGUCAAGCAUUUAUACAUGCGGACGGAUGGAAUUGAGGAGAUCCCUAUCGCUCGUAAUUUUUCAGGCGAUAUACCGCACGACGAAAGUGCUGCUCUAAUGCAACGUGUUGCAACGCUGGCCGAUUUAGUAUUGGACUUUCGCCGAAGCAAUCUUGAUAUUCUGGACUCUUUAUAUGAACGGAUUGCCCACCAUGACGCUUAUAGAACUUUGACUUACGCUGAGAUCUACGCCGAGGCAUUCAACGACACUUCCGGUGAUGUUCCUUUCGAGGCUGAGAUGAGCAUUUACCUCCAAACUAAGAAAGACUCCACUUUGAUGCGGUCGUUUUCGAUGGGAUUGAUCGUUUCUAGAGUUUCGAUUAUCCCUCGGAGAGCAGCAGAGCACUUUGAACAAGUCUGCACAUGGGCUCGCGAAUAUCAGGAGGCUGCCGCGGAAGCAGCUUUGGGAAAGAACGUGUCUUCGCUCCUUGCACGGAAUCCGCUGACCAAGUUCAUCGAAAAGGCUCGAGGCUUGAUAUUGCAGAGUCGAGACCUGCGGUCUCCCACAACGAUUGGAAGUCUAGGACCAAGCUCGAUCCAGCCUUCCACUGGCCGACAUGUUGAACCAAAAGACACUGGAACCGUCUUUUCGGAGGACGACAUGAAGGUUUUAGAAUUUCUUUGGGACUGUUAUGCUCGUUUACCCACACCUCUACAUCGAAAUAAAAACCAUUCUAUCGGCUCUUUGAUCCUUCGUGCCAUCGGUGCAUAUCCCAAACUGCGGCUCGAACGCAAGAUUGGCACUCUUCUUCUCCAGGAGUUGGGCGUUUUGACACCGUGGUUUGAGCCAACAGAUCAAAAUACAUCAAUGCCUCUAGCCAAAAGGAGAGGGGCUGAGGCAAUUGACGCCAUUUUUGCAGAGUCUGAACGUACGUGCGAAGAAAUUGGACUGAGCCAGAACGCGAGCCAUGCAUUGCUCCAAGACUCCAUGGGGCAUUUGCGUGAAGAUCUAGGAGAUAUGCCUGUCUUCAUUGUCGAUAGUGCUAAAACGGUGGUCAAGGAUGAUGGUUAUUCUUUGGAGCCUCACCCAGCUUUGCCGGACACGUACUGGAUCCAUGUCCAUAUUGCUCAUCCCACUGCAUUCAUCGACCCGGAUCACAUAUUUAACAAACGAGCUCGGGCUGUGACCAGAUCCUACUAUACCCCGACGACGAUGCAACACAUGCUUCCCAGGCCGUUUACAGACUUUGUGAGUCUCGGCCCUGGGAAGCCUACAGUGACCGUCAGCACCCUGAUCGCCGAGUCUGGUGAAGUGCUAGACAUCCGCGUUCGCCCUACGAGAAUACACAACACGAUCACGCUGACUCCUGAAGAAGAAUUCGCGCUCUUAGGAAAACCAAAACCAGAACGGAUAUCCUACAUGAUUGUUGGCCAACCUCCACGCCUUGAUAUGAUAGGGCCCCCAUCGAUGACGGAUGCUGAGGUCAAGAAUGUUGAGCCAUACCGCUCUACCCUCUUAAAGUUAGAGGAACUCGUCGUUGCAAGGAUGAAAGCGAGGCGCCGGGAGGUUUCUGAGUACAUGGACGUCGCAUUUCUCCGAACAAAUCUCAAGACAACCGUUCACUACGUUGAAGAAUAUGACCCGGGACGCCUCUCCAAAAGUUACCAUUAUGUUGGAGACCCGGCAAUUACGGUUACCCAUCCGCACGAUCUUGAAAUUUCACGCAGUACCAAUGUUGAAGACUUGUGGCCCCUGACUGCCAUGCUCAUGCAGCUCGCUUGCGAGUCUGCGGGCAAGUGGUUUGGCGAUCGCGAUAUACCAGCGUAUUUCUCUGGGUCCUCCUUUCAGCCAGGGGCUCCUCUAUCCAUGUUGAAGGGGACCGGUGUUUUCGACCUUGAACGGCGGAUGCCAGAGCACAUUAACUCAACCAGUCCAGUCCCACAUGUUUUCCUAGAUGUUGCUUCCUAUGUUCGAUGCACUAGCCCACUUCGCCGAUACACUGAUCUAUGUGUAUGGUGGCAGGCUGACGCGUAUCUACGGGCAGUGGCAAAUGGCUUAAUUAAAGGGGGAGACAGUGCGAAUAACAUCGAAUUGCCCUUCAAGCGGUCCGACAUCGAAGCCAGUUUUGGCGAUCUCGACAGAUUCCAACGGGCCGAGAUGGCGCUGGCGAAAGUCCCAAUGUACACCUGGGCUAUUCGCGCCUUGUUUAGAGCCUUUCACUUCAAGGAGGCAAAGCUACCUGAGAUCUGGGAUGUCGUGGUCAUCAGACGGGAUUCACCUUCAACAGAUGUACGACAAGACGACACUGGUAUCCGAGGUUGGCUGCAUCCCUUCCGCAUACCAAUGUGGUUACUCAAAUCCCCAGAGGGGUGGGAGAAAUCGGUAAGACCCGGCUCAUACAUACCAGUGAAGUUGGAAUUGGUAGAUCUUUCGAUGGGCACAGUCUACUGCAAGCCUGUGGGAGCGCCGAGUGACACACCGUAUCAUUCGGAACCCCUUCAGAUUGCCCCUGAUGGACUAUCAUUGCCAUGAAUAGAGCAGUUUUCGCCGUGGAUUCACGCUUUUGCCAACAUUUUAUAAGACCAAAUCUGCGGGUGAACGUAAAUUCAGGCGACUUGCGAGGUGGUGGAGAUGGAUCUCGUCUGCCUAUAGGAACCUGCAGUUCGCGAGAAAUACGAG